AUGCUCCGUACAAAAAGAGUCUCCAAAUCACCAUACGCUAGACCCGGACGCGCCCAAGCUGCCGCCAAAAAGGCGAAAAUAUCUAAUACUACGACGAGACGGAUCCAGGUCACACCCGCACCCACAGUACCAGUUGUGUCAACUCAGCAUGACAUCCAGGAAAACCACACUCCAGCGUCGACAGCACCAGCUCCAUCAACCCAAACUCCAGUGUUGACAGCACCAGCUCCAUCGGCCCAAACGUCAGCUUUGACAGCACCAGCUCUAUCAACCCAAACUCCGGAGAUGACAGCACCAGCUACAUCAAUAAUGGCAGCAUCUGACCCCUCAGUAUUCUCUGCAGGUACAUCAGCAUCAUGUACUAAUAUCAAUUUUUAUACAAAUACACCAAAUGCUUUAAACAGCGUUUCAGACGCUUUGGGCGUGCAUGUCUCGGAUAGCUUGAGGCAAAAUAUCUUUGAUAAUGCAUUCAUUCACCUGCACAAAUUGCUCCCCCUCAAACCAAAUGACGAGCCCCAGCAACAGCUGGCAUUUGUUAAUGGUGAACUAGUCUUGAAACCCAAACAUAAGGAAAUCAAAAUAACAUCAAUAGAAACAUGGACAAACGCAUUCCUAAUAUUUACAAGCAUAUACCUAACUAAGUUCCCAGAACACAUUCAGUCAAUACUUAAAUACAUUAACAUCAUACGCACUGCUGCGCAGCGAUCAACAAACUUAAACUGGCUCAAUUACGACGUACAGUUCAGGUUAAAGCGAUCUAGAAACCACACACUGGACUGGGGGUCUGUCGAUGCAGAAUUGUGGCUUUUGUAUGUGACCCAUGGCCAAACCACCCUAUCCCAGCAAGCACCUAAUCAUACAUCUAAAUCACCCAAAUGCUUUGACUUCAAUUACAAAGGUACAUGCGGCAGACCAUACUGCACUUAUCAACAUGCAUGCAUAAAAUGCUCCAAUAGUCACCCACUCAUAAACUGCCGCUGGCACAACAAUCAGCCAUUUCGCACAGAGAGCUCUCGACUGUCCCAAGCAGAACAAACCCGCCAGCCCCCAAGCAGAUUUCAGGGUAGAGGGCUCCCUCCAAACCACCCAAGGCCUCUGGGACUUGGCUCCAACACCAGUCAACGUUAACAUCUUAAAAUCAAUGCUUAAAAGUUACCCAUUACAACACAUAGCUCAUGAAUUGAUCAAUGGUUUUCAAGCUGGUUUCAACAUUCACUAUUCGGGUAUUCGGGAAUUUCAAAAAUCUAAAAACAUGAAAUCUGCGCAGACAAAUCCACAUCAGCUUCAAGAAAAAAUCGAUCAAGAGGUAAAAUUAGGCAGAAUAGCUGGGCCCUUCAAAAAUAUUCCCAUGUCAAAUAUCAAGUGCAGCCCAAUAGGUAUUGUUCCCAAAAAGCAGGGGGGUUGGCGUAUGAUUUGUAACUUAUCUGCACCUGGGGGAAAUAGCGUUAAUGAUUUUAUUGACCCAGAUCUAUGCACUGUUCAUUAUACAUCAUUUGACUCGACAGUAAGAAUGAUAAAAGAACUGGGCCAGGGUGCCCUACUAGGCAAAAAAGACAUUUCUAGUGCAUUCAGACUCCUUCCUAUUCGCCCAGAAGACUUUUCCCUGCUUGGCUUUCAUUUUAAAAAUUAUUAUUUCGAUAAAUGCCU